GGCGCUGCGCCGGCUCGCGGGCCUGGGGAAGCGGCGGCGGCGGGACCGGAGAGGGCGGGGCGGCGGCGGCGGCGGCGGCGGCGGGAGCGGCGGCCCGGGCGGGCGGGCAGGAGCGCCAGCCGAGCGCACAGGCCGCGGCCCGCGGAGCCGCCAUGCCGGCGCGGGUCUGAGGCGGCGCGUGAGGGCCGAGCAGCGGCGGCCGCGCCGGCCGGGCUUCCCGCAGCGGCGGCCGGGCCCGGAGCGGCGGCCUCGGCCUCCGGCGCAGCCCGGAAAUGUCCGGCCGGAUCGAGAAAGCAGUUGAAGGGAACACAUGCCAGAUGAUCUCAGAGGUGUCUUUGCAGCCGGUGAAUCAGUGCCAGCAGCUGUGGCCCUGCCACUCGUAUCUGUGUGCGCCCCAGGUGUCAGGACCUGCAGAAGGCGUCAUUCUGUUGAACACCAUGGUCACGGGGGUUUUUACAACUCCCAGCGUUCUCAUCUCUCCUCUUUCACCAUGAAGCUGAUGGACAAAUUCCACUCGCCCAAGAUCAAGAGAACGCCGUCCAAGAAGGGAAAGCCGGCUGACGUGUCUGUGAAGACUCGGGAGAAGCCUGUGAGCAAAGAGGCAACAGACAGAUUUCUGCCAGAGGGCUACCCUCUCCCCUUGGAUCUGGAGCAGCAGGCAGUAGAAUUUAUGUCCACCAGUGCUGUGGCUUCCAGGUCUCAAAGGCAGAAGAACCUGAGCUGGCCGGAAGAGAAGGAGAAGGAGGUUGUCAGUGCCUUGCGCUACUUUAAGACCAUUGUGGACAAAAUGGCCAUUGACAAGAAGGUGCUGGAGAUGCUCCCCGGGUCGGCCAGCAAGGUGCUGGAGGCCAUCCUCCCGCUGGUGCAGAACGACCCUCACAGCCAGCAAAGCUCGGCCCUCUCGUCCUGCUAUAGUCGAGUGUACCAAAGUCUCGCCAACCUCAUUCGCUGGUCAGACCAAGUGAUGCUAGAAGGUGUGAACUCCGACGAUAAAGAGAUGGUGACAACGGUGAAGGGGGUCAUCAAAGCUGUGCUGGACGGAGUGAAGGAGCUGGUCAGACUGACCAUCGAGAAGCAGGGGCAUCCGUCUCCAACAAGCCCAGGGAAACCCAGCUCCCCAGCCUGCAAGCCCGAGGGCCAGUCUGAGCUCCCCCUGACAGACAGGGAGAUGGAGAUUCUGAACAAGACGACUAGCCUGUCACAGUCCACCGAGCUGCUCCCAGAUGCUACUGAUGAAGAGGUCGCGCCCCCCAAGCCCCCCUUACCUGGCAUUCGGGUGGUUGAUAACAGUCCUCCGCCAGCAUUGCCACCGAAGAAGAGGCAGUCGGCGCCAUCCCCAACCCGCGUGGCCGUCGUGGCCCCCAUGAGCCGAGCCACCAGUGGCUCCAGCCUGCCUGUUGGAAUCAAUAGGCAGGAUUUUGAUGGAGACUGUUACGCCCAGAGGCGCCUGUCAGGAGGCAGCCACUCCUAUGGGGGAGAGUCGCCCCGCCUGUCCCCCUGCAGCAGCAUCGGCAAGCUCAGCAGGUCGGACGAGCAGCUGUCCUCCCUGGACAGGGACAGCGGGCAGUGCUCCCGGAACACAAGCUGUGAAACACUAGAUCACUAUGAUCCUGACUACGAGUUCCUUCAGCAAGACCUCUCCAACGCAGACCAGAUACCUCAGCAAGUGGCCUGUAACCUUAGCCCAUUGCCGGAGUCCUUGGGAGAGUCUGGGUCCCCGUUUCUCGGCCAUCCUUUCCAGUUGCCUCUCGGCAGCUGCUCCCAGCCUGACGGGCCCUCAGCCCCAGGGCCGCAGACGGACAUGCCGCCGGCCCUCCCCGAGAAGAAGCGCAGGAGCGCGGCCUCCCAGACCUCGGACAGCUCGGGCUCCCGCGUGUCCUACGAGCGGCACCCCUCCCAAUACGACAACAUCUCUGAGGACGACCUGCAGAACCCCGCCCUGGUGCAGCCCGCCUCCUUCACGCCCUUUGCUGCUAUUCUCCCCUUCCAGCAAGGAGGGUCCUCGGCCUCCGUGGAAUUUGUGAGUGACUUCACUGCGCCCGAGUCCGCGGGUGACCCGGAGAAGCCGCCACCCCUGCCGGAGAAGAAGAACAAACACAUGCUGGCCUACAUGCAGCUGCUCGAGGACUACUCGGAGCCGCAGCCGUCCGUGUUCUACCAGACGCCGCAGAACGAGCACGUGUACCAGCAGAAGAACAAGCUGCUCAUGGAGGUGUACGGCUUCAACGACAGCACCGACCCGCCAGACCUGGCGCCGCCCCCCGCCCUCCCGCCCAAGCAGCGGCAGCUGCAGGCCUCUUAUGCUGCUUCUUCCUUCUCCUCUGUCUCCUACUGUGUCCAGCAAACUAAAGUGGCCUUCACCCCCGACGACAGCAGUGCCACUCAGGGCAUCAGUGUGUCCGUCUCUAACUCCUUUCUCAGCCGGCAUGGCAACUUGCCCGUGCCCUCGUAUAAAUCUGUGUUUAGGUCCUACUCCCAGGAUUUCGUGCCUCACAACCAAGCUUCCGCACACCCUUUCCUCCCGCCUACCUCCUCUUCCUCUCCGCACUUCCCACCUGUCCACCAGUCUCAGAGCUCGGACUUGGCGCGGCCCCCCGCGGCCAGCCUGCCUCCCAGCACCGCGGACGGGCCUCUUCCUCUUCCAUCUUCUCAGGAGAGCACCUUUCAUGGGAGCACUGUCUGCCUUCCUCCCGCAGCCUCUCUCCCUGACUCGCCCCAGACGCCUUCGAGUGAAAACGCUAGUGCGGAGGCUGGUGGGGCUGCAUACGUCAGUCUGUGCUCCUCUGGCCCGAGCAGCACGGAGCUGGCUCGCUCUCGAGGAGAAUCGCCAGCUGUGAGGGAUGGGCACCCCAGAGAUCCCUCCUCGGUCGGCAGUGCGCCUGGGAAGGAAAGCGGAGACGGAGAAAGGGCCCUGAAGUCACCAGAUGGUCCCGAGUCGGCUCAGUCAGAGGAGGAAGUGGACGAACUGUCCCUCAUCGACCACAGUGAGAUCAUGGCGAGGCUGACGCUCAAGCAAGAGGGUGACGAUGGGCCCGACGUCCGGGGAGGAUCCGGGGACAUCCUGCUGGUCCACGCGACCGAGACGGACAGGAAAGAUCUGGUGCUGUACUGUGAGGCCUUCCUGACCACCUACAGGACCUUCAUCACUCCCGAGGAGCUCAUCAAGAAGCUGCAAUACCGAUACGAGAAGUUCUCUCCCUUCGCCGACAAGUUCAAGAAGCGCGUCAGCAAGAACACGUUCUUCGUGCUGGUGCGGGUGGUGGACGAGCUGUGCCUGGUGGAGCUGACGGAGGAGAUCCUGAAGCUGCUGAUGGAGCUGGUCUUCCGCUUGGUGUGCAGCGGGGAGCUCAGCCUGGCCCGCGUGCUCCGCAAGAACAUCCUGGACAAGGUGGACCAGAAGAAGCUGCUGCGGUGUGCCAACUCCGACCAGCCCCUGGCCGCCAGGGGCGUAGCAGCCAGGCCGGGGACCCUGCACGACUUCCACAGCCAUGAAAUCGCUGAACAGCUGACCCUGCUGGAUGCCGAGCUCUUCUAUAAAAUAGAGAUUCCUGAGGUUUUGCUUUGGGCAAAAGAGCAGAAUGAGGAGAAGAGCCCCAACCUGACCCAGUUCACGGAGCACUUCAACAACAUGUCCUACUGGGUCCGCUCCAUCAUCAUGCUGCAGGAAAAGGCCCAGGACAGAGAACGGCUGCUCCUCAAGUUCAUCAAGAUCAUGAAGCACUUACGAAAGCUCAACAACUUCAACUCCUACCUGGCCAUCCUCUCGGCGCUGGACUCGGCGCCCAUCCGUAGGCUCGAGUGGCAGAAGCAGACCUCGGAGGGCCUGGCCGAGUACUGCACACUGAUUGACAGUUCGUCCUCCUUCCGCGCCUACCGGGCCGCCCUCUCGGAGGUGGAGCCGCCGUGCAUCCCGUACCUGGGGCUCAUCCUGCAGGACCUCACCUUCGUGCACCUGGGGAACCCGGACUACAUUGACGGCAAAGUGAACUUUUCCAAACGGUGGCAGCAGUUCAACAUCCUGGACGGCAUGCGCUGCUUCCAGCAGGCGCACUAUGACAUCCGGAGGAACGACGACAUCAUCAACUUCUUCAAUGACUUCAGUGACCACCUGGCCGAGGAGGCCCUCUGGGAACUCUCCCUGAAAAUCAAGCCCAGGAACAUAACCAGGAGGAAAACAGACCGGGAGGAGAAGACCUAAGGGCAGCUGCGUGCGCAAGGCGGACGCUCACAGAGGCUCAGAGUGCGGCUCCGAGACCCGAGGGGACUUUGGACCUGUGUGUGGCAGCAGCGCGGUUCCGGCCCCAGCCGGGGGCCGGCCGGGCAGGAGCCCCGAGUGCGGGCAGCUCCCUGCCUCCUUCCUCCCACAAGCGGAGCCACGGCCGGCACGGAGCCAGCAGGCAGGUCUCGUUGCCGAUUGUGAACUGGUGGUGUUCUCAUUUGGUUUCUGCUUUCACGUCCGUCUUCCCCCUCCCGUCCCGCCUGAUCCCCUCCCACCUGGGAGCCGCGAGUCUGCCCUCCUGACUUCAGGGUCCGGGUCUGCUGAAAUGAGGAAUGAGUGGAGGCUCAGGACCCACCCGGGGGCCGUGAGAGAAGGGACAGUUAGCUCGGUGGGCAGAGAGCAGAGCAGGCUUAGCUGGGCUCCUCCUCUCCAGCCCUGCUUUUUAAGAUGGCGGAUGGGGCACUGCCCGCCUGGCCCUCUAGGUACGACAGGUGGCCUCAGCAGCCGAGCUCAGGAGGUACUGGCCCCUAGCACCGCCCUCAGCCUGCAGGCACCUGGGCUGCUGGCCAUGCAGUAAGGGGCAGUGGCUGCCCUCUCUCUGCCCUUAUCCCUCCCACCCCAUCACCUGGCACUGGGGGAGCUGGGAAGAGGAGGCUGGAGCAGGAGAGGACUUUACCAUCCAAGAAAUGCAUUUUACCUGAGCUGGGUUCGUAGCUCUUGGGUGAGUUAAUUCAGAGAGAGGGGAGUACAGGGGCGUUUCUGUCCAGGGGAGGCCUCUGGCCCCCGCCUGUCGCUUGCUGUGUGCCUUAAACUCCAUCUCCUGCCCCUCCGGCCCAUGGGCUCCCCUCCUUCCGUGCUCCAUCCUGUGGGUGUCAGGACUCCUCACUGGUGUCCCCCCUGCUGUUGGCUCGCCCCUGGGAGGGACGGUGUCCCUGGGAGGCCAGGGUCUGGGCUGCCCAGCCACACCCCAGGGCAGGCUCGCCCUCCCACCAGGAAAGCGUCUGAGAACAGUGCUCUCUGUCCUCCCGUGCAAACCACACUCGCUGCUGAGGUGACAAUCGAGGCCAGGUCUGCAGGCCGCUCUCAGGUGCCAGCCGGAGCCCCCACGCGCCCUGGGCUCCGAUGGGCCUGCCUCUGCGCCCUGCUGCGCGGGUGGACGCUUGCCUGUCCUGGGGUCGGCACCUGGUCACGCAAACUCCAGGACUAAGUGCUUAGCCCCGAACAAAGAGCAGGAGAGAGCAACACCCGUUGGUGAUCUAGAUUGUGUGUAUAGAGAAGCCGUGUCACUUUGAGUCCUUCGUGGUUGGAUGAGCUGUUAUCAGGAGCACGGCUGCCUGGCUUCCGUCUGUCCUGUGUGAGGGGGAGGCUGAGAUGUCGGUUACGGUCCCUCUGGCGGUGGUCCUGCCGGCCGCGGCCAGAACAUGUCACUUUACUAUUUAAGAGUGUGUGUGAGUCACUGUUCACUACAGUGCAGUGUGGGGUGGUUUCUAGGCUGUGCUCGUUCCUCAGUCCUCGUCUGUCUUCCCCAGCUGCCCGCUCUGCUGCUGUGCUGCCCUCGGGGCUCCUAGCGUGGGAACUUGGGAGCACCACAGGCCAAGACUCGGCCUCAGAAACAGCCUCUCUCGGACGAGGCGUGUCUGAGCUGGUGGGAGGGGGUCGGGCUCCACUCCCUCGGUUCAGGAGUGGCCCUGCCCCCGCCCUCGGUGGUCUGCGCAGAGGGGCAGGCCCCAGAGUGCGGACAGCAGGUGCAGUGAGUGUGAGCUCACUGGCCGCGGGCUGCCCACACGUUCCUCUUGGCUCCGGGAGUUACCAAACUCCGUGCCAGCACCGCAGCCUGCCGUGAGCUGUGUGUCUUGGGGACAGCGGAUGGGACUUGAUCUUCAGGACAGACAGACACGAGCAGGACGGUCGGGUUCCCUGCAGUGGGUAGAGCCAGGAGAGGGCAGGCGGGCGCCGUGUCCGAGCCGAACCUGAGCAGCACCUCCCCCCAGUGUUACGUUGUAAUAUAUCUUCCCCACUAACGGCGGAUGGGGGUCUCCCCGCAGACAUUUCAAUGUGUACUUUUAUAUGAGGAAAUAAACAGACGCAGCCAUCUGCCCGUGUGCCCCCGCGUGUCAGUGAUGGUUCUUCCUUUCUGCGCUCCUCCCACUGCCUGCUGUUGGGGUGAGUCCCCCACACUAGCCCGUCAGAGGCCUGCGCUCCGUCCGCCCCCGAGGGCUCUGUCCGUGCACAAGGCCUGGCUUCGGGCGCGGUGCCAUUGGUGUCCCCAGGGGGUGAGAAGCAGCCCCCCCCCCUCAGGCCACCCCAGCUGUCCCCGGGCACAUCGCUCUGGAACCCGGCGAGGUCGGGCCUGGGCCUUGAGUCUGCGUGCUCGGAACGUGGAGGGACGCGGCUCCCGGCUAAUGGGCUGUCAGCCAGUGGCCGUGGGUACGCGGGGCCUUCUCUGUCCCAGCUGCUCAGCUGUAGGGCCCUCCCAGCUUCGACCUCGCAAGCUCAGCCAGUCGCCGCCUGUGUCCGCUGAGCUGUUGCCCCUGGUACUACUCGCCCAGCAUGAGGUGGGCACCAUGCACUUUGCAAACAGCUUUACCCAUUGCAUCCUCUUUACUGUCACACGAGGGAACACCAAACCACGGUAAGUGCUGCCAAGAAGGGGUACUUGGCCUUACACGAUGAUCUGGGGUGAAAUCCACAUGGAUAGCAGGUCCUCACAGGCAUAACAGGUAACAGCGGGCGCCAGUCUCCCUCAAGCCCCGAGAACAGCAAGGGAAACACUGCUCGCCUCCUUGCGUGAGUAGAAGACAAUCUUGGCAUCCAAUCCAGACAAGGACAGCGUGAGAAAAUCACAGGCGAGUGCUGGCGCAGAGGCGCCAGCGUAACCUUAGCAACCCCCGCCCGGCACUGGAAAACCAGUCCUCCCUGACCACUGGGUGCAUCCGCAACGCAAGGACGGAGCGACGUUCGUAUGUUGGCGACGUGCUUGGGCCCCCACGCGCCCUCACUAAGGCCCGCCAGUCCUUGUCCCAGGUCCAGGCCUGCGGGCCGCUGCUGGCGGUUCUGCAGAAGGGGGAUGGAUGUCCCCUCGUUAAGUUAAGAAUGGAACUGCCUUUCACCCAUCGAUCCCUGUCUGGGUAAAUAUCCGAAGAAAGCCCUGGCACAUGUCUACAACGGAAUGCCACCACUCAGCCCCAGCAGGAGGCAGUCUGACCAUUUGCACAGCAUGGACAGACUAGAGGGUGUGCUGGUGAGGUAAGUCAGACAAAUACCGUACUGCUCACUGGCACUGGGAGUCUGAAGAACAACAUGCAGAGUGUGGGUGUGCCUCUUUCCCGGCCGCGGCGGGCUCCAGGGGCUGGCACGCAGAGUCCCGAGUGGAGAACCCAGACCCCACCGCCCACCCUGGACUUGGUGUGAACGAAGAGGGAGCUGUGCCAGCUGAGCUGCCGCAGAGCUCACACAUCUCCGCACUUCCUCGCCGCCCCGAAGGCAGUGAGCAGUGAAGGAAGGACACUCAGAACCACCUCCAUGGCCAGACUU